AAACAAUUAGAUCUGAUACUUGGAUCGGAAGAUAUUUGAUUCCGAUCCUUUUGGUUGGAUUUCCAAUUCAAUUGUUGUUGUUUUGAGUUAAUUUUUUAAUUUGUUACAUUUAAUUGUCUCGGGUUUUGUUUUUAUUGAUUGUUAAUUAUUAAUUCUUUGGCCAUGACAUCUAUAAAAGAGCGUGAAACUGUUCCUGAUGAAUUGAUGGCUUAUGUUGACAAUUUAAGGAGAUUUAUUAAAGAUCAGAAAAUGAUACGAGAAGAAAAUUGUUGUCAAAGAUUUACCAUUGAACCUAUUGUCCAAAUUGAAACGGAAAUGGAUGAAAAUAUAAAAGCCAUUCUACCCAAAUUAGAAAUUGAAAUUCAACGAUGUUCCAAAACAGUUGAUUCAUUGAAAAAAGAAGCUCGUGAACUUUUACAUGAUGCCGAAAUGUCUUAUCGAUUGAGUAAAUCUGGUGUUGCGUUUAGGACAAUUUAUAGUUCACCGGAAAAUCUACAAUUUAAUAGUCCAUUUGUUGACAAAUAUUUCCAGGCUAAAAUAGAAAAAUUUGAGGAAAGAGUUAAAGUUUAUCAAGACCAGAUUAAAGAUCUUCAAACUCUUCUAAACACUUACAAUAAAUCACAUACACCAGAAGAAUUAUUCGCAAUAAUCAGACGUCAACAUGAAAUUCUCGUUGGAUUAUCAUCUCAAGUUUACGCUAUUCAAGAUUCUGUGUCUAAAAGUGGCCGUCCAGCUUUAAUUGCCUGAUCUCUACUAUUUCUAUCAUUUUGAUGAUCGGAUAACAACUGAGAACUAACUCACACAAUCAUCUAAAUUUCUCUCUGUUUACUCAAUCAAACUAAUCAACAACCCAAAGUAGAUGAUGAUUUGAGAGGCGACCAUCAAAUUACUCAUAAAAACUGAUAAGCUGAUUAAUCAGAUGCCCUCAAUGAUUAACUUUCUUUUUCUACCAUAAUGAUACAACAUUUGGUCAAAAUAUCUUCAAAAGCCUUUCCCAAGUAUCAAUGAAGAUUCCAAUUUCAAUUGUGAUAAAGAAAAAAACACAAACCGAGAGAGAGAAAAAAAUCAAGAACAAAAAAAAACAACAGAAAAAUGGUUGAUUCUUUAUCCAUGUUUAUCUGAUACAAUAUUAAUAUCUUCAUAAUAAUAAUAUUCCCCCUCCAUCUCUCAACAUGUAACAAUUGCCCCGCCAAAGUAAACAAGAUGAUUGUUAACUUAAUCGCGCUCUCAUGGUAACAUUGAUUAAAACUUGAUUAACCAUUUU